CCCAAAAACCGGAACGGGUAAAAUUUCCAAACCAACAACAUGCCAAUCAAAACUGUGACAUCAUCAUACGUCACAUGCAAUCAGCCAAUCAGCAGCAAGCACAAGUGUUUAAAUAGCGAUGUUUGGAGCAGAUUGUUAGCUUUGGUCGUGGUAGCAAGCUGAGAAGUACAACGAAAGAAUCCUGUCCAAGUACAAAAGAUCAAAAUAUCAAGAAUGGCUCAACGAAUUGAACACGUAAGGCUUGAUAUUUUUUCUUCUGAUCUGUAGUCGAAAUAAAUUGGCUUAUUUUGUUUCAAUGUGAGAUGCAGACGUGUACAAUCGCACAAGGCGUCGAUCAAAAGUGCUGUAUAGUUUGUGGCUGCAAUCGGAGUCAAACCCGCGACAUUCGCUUUGCGAAAAUUCUUAACCAACUGAACUACGGCUUAGUCUGCUUCGGAGUUUGUUCGUAAUAGAAGCUUUUGUGUUUGCUAUUCAAUCAUAAAAGGCAAAGAUAAAAAGUACUUUAAUUUUUCUAUAACUUCGGCAAGAUUAGAUCCGCGACCUUAGGCUUAGCUUUGCAAUACUUUGACGCUUUUAUCAAGCGAGAUUUUAACUCGGAUAAACUAACGUCGAUCUAGUUCAGUGCGUGAUUCAAAAAUUAUAUUAAGUUGUCUAAGCGUACGGUGUUGAGACGAACCCUACGCCAUGCUGAGACCUCAGUUGGAUUGUCGAUUGGGGCAUGAAGAUAUUUUUCAGCAGUAAUAAGUUUCAUGUGAAUAUUCUAUAUGCAUAUUAUAUUGUUUUUUAUACUAAAUAUAUAUUUGCUUUGUUUUUUUUCUAGCGUCCUAACACGCGUCUUGGAGAGAAUGCUUUCGCAGGCGUGCAGAAAGGAAAGGCGAUGGUCCAAGCUCACAGAACUGCAAGGGCAAGAUCUGCGCUAGGACAACUUGGACAACAAGUGAAUAGACCCGAGGUAUGCAACUUAUCUCGUAGAAAUUGUUGGGAAAGUUGCACUGGUGUACAUAAGACUAUACUUGCUUUUUAAUAUUUUUAUACUGUUUUGGCUUACGACAAAUAUGCCAAGGAAUAACAUCCUCUUCUUCAUACAUUAGUUGUAUUCGCAACUGCUCCUGGUUUAUAGGUCUAAUAAAAUGUAUAACAAUUCAAAAUUUCCAUCUACAAAAUCCCUUCAUUCUUCAACGAUCGGUUAUAUCGACCGAGAUGCCCAGCAUUGCUACCAUUCACUGGUAACACAUGCAACAAUACAUUUAUUCCAUUUUGCACAGUUUCCAGCAGGUAAAAUGACCAAAACUCACGAAUGCGUUCCGCGCAAAGAUCUAGUAGCUGCGAAGAUGACUGGACGACCUCGCGCAUACUCUGUCGAGCCUAUGGAAUCGGACCUGGCGACGUUGAAAGGAAAACCUCGACAGUUUGUGGAAGUUCCUGAUAUUGAUAGUGGAGACACGGAUAAGGAAUAUGCAUGCGCAGAAUAUGCCAAGCAGAUCAAUCACUACUUAAAGACGCGAGAGGUACUAUGUAUAUUGAUUUAUUUAAUGUUUAAGAACGAACUUUCUCUAUAAGCCUCGUGUUAAUAAUAUAUUUUGUGUUCAAUGUAUAGACCACAUUAAGACUUUUUCAAUGUGUUUAAUACAUCAACAAACGACGUUUCGAAGAUUCACUCGAUUUUAAGCAGAUAACAUUACUAUUUGAAUUUAAACUAACGUGCAUUACUAGACUGGGUCAUAAAUGUAAUUUGUUUGUAGCGAGGGAAAUCGUGCCCCAUGUUUUAAUGCAAUUUAAAUUGCGAGUAUUUUGCUUUGUUUUUAGAGUGCAUACCAAGUUUCUCCAAACUACAUCAAAGUUCACGCUCAUAUCAACGAGAGAAUGCGCGCCAUCUUGGUAGACUGGCUCGUCCAAGUACAUGACAAAUUUCGUCUGCUGCAAGAAACCCUGUUUCUCAGCAUCUCGUAUCUCGAUAGAUACCUGGCUGUAAGUACUCAUAAACACCUUUUUCAAUGGAUGUGGCUUCCAGAAAAACGUUGUUUACACUACAAAUCCAGGACUGCCCUUGCCCGGGUCUUUAGGCUGGUUCACAGCAGCCGUAGUGGAAUCAAAGUAGGAAUUUUGCAUAGGGAGCUGUUCUAGGUUUGGAACAUAGAUAUCUUGUAUACACUAGAUAAUGCAUCUAAUGAUAACGUGAUUGCAGUCUCAGGUCGUUCCCAUGAAAUGAGAAGAUUCGUAUGUUUACUAUUUCUUAAACAGGGAACUUAAACAUUAAGUUAACCCUAUUCCAAAUACGCCUUUAAACUAUUCAAAUGAUGAAAGUUAUUGUUGCUUUUAAGCGUUUAUUAGCAAGUGGGAACGACCAACAUGGCCGCCAUCUAUUCAAAUGGGGGUAACCGCUGGAGUAUUCUUAGCUUCAAUUUUACUAAAAGAGCUGCGCUAUCUAGUGUAUAUAAGAUAUCUAUGGUUUUGAAUGAUUUGUACGACAUGUUUGAGGGAACUGACUUGGUGUUUAGCAUUAUGCCAAUUGGCUUACAAAUUUUGCAAACAUUGCUUACAAAUCCUUCAAAACUUAAAAUUUACGGAUAUCAAAUUCGGUUAUCGUUGCAUGUUUCGCGCACCAAUAUAGGUUAAGCUUACGGGUUAAGUUUAUGGUUAGGGUGCGUAUAUAUAUAUAUGGCUAUCCAGUUGACUUUUAACGUUUACCGAUAUUGUUGUGCGAAACAUGGAACGAUUACCCAAAAUUCCUACUGUGAGAAACUUUGAUAGUUUAAACCAGUCCUGAGUAUCAUUUUAAGUGAAACCCCUCUACACUCUCUACAAAUAAUUUUAUCGUCUUUACCUGACGUAUCCUGACAUUAUAUCUUAGGUUGACACGACAGUGCAGAAAUGUGAUCUUCAAUUGAUUGGUGUGACUGCAAUGCUCCUGGCGUCUAAAAUAGAAGAAAUUUACACGCCAGAGAUCAGAGAUUUUGUCUAUAUAACAGACAAUGCUUACACUCCAGUGCAGAUCAAAGCCUGUGAAUCCAAAAUGGCUGCUGCGUUAGAAUUCAACUUCAGUGACCCAUUGUGUAUCCAUUUCUUGAGAAGAAACUCGAAAGCAGCCAAGGUGAGCUAUCUUAACUAAAUUACAUGUUUCCAUAGUUACUUCAUCAAGUUAUGGAAUAGUCCUAUUACGGAUUACUGUGGACUUAGCUUUAAACUUGAUAUCGAUUUUGUUUUUAAGGUUGAUGCAGAGAAACACACCCUGGCGAAAUACUUCAUGGAAUUGAUGUUACCAGACUAUGGCUGCCUCGCAUUUCCACCGUCCAUGCGUGCUGCGGCUGCCUUGUGUCUUGCCAUGAAAAUCACUGACAACACACCUUGGGUAAGUCUAUACAAUAGCCUGCGUCACUGCGUGUUUUAAACGUUUUACAUCGAGGGGGGGGUUUCAGCAAGAUUAGGGUCGAGUGUGGGCUCCCUAGAGUAAGAUUUUGGUUCCUCCACUACUGUAACCUACGGGGCCAAAUGUUGAAAUGUACCUUGGCGUGAUAAAGCACGAACUGCGAGUGUUCUAAAUGUAAAAAAAAAAAAACAACAAAAAAACAAACAAAAAAAACAAACGACACAAUAACCCAUCUUUUAUCAGUUGAAAAGGCGAAGAUAUUUUUAAAAAUAAACCUUUUCUAAGCCGAGAAAAUCAAAGCUAAAGUCUCUGAAAAUUAACAUGAUUCUUUAUCGGUAGCGAUCUCCUUUGUCUUUUCCUUGUGAAAUUAUAAGUGAGUUUUAAAUCUGCUAUAUACUACGUCUCUGCUGUAAAGAGACUUUCGCCCGUAUUCUAAAAGCUCGCUCACACUCGAUGAGUACCCUCCAGCUAUUCAAAAACCGCACUGGCAUUAAAGAAGCUCAGAUUGAACCUCCGAGUGAGAGCGAGCUUUUAUAGAGUACGGGCGUUUAAAUAGUACAACCCCAAAAAUAUCCCUUGUAAUUCUUACCAUGAUCUCUUUCCUUCACUACAGGACGCGACGACAGCUCACUACAGCCACUACCAGGAACUUGAUCUUCUUCCAUGUAUGAAGAAAACCGCACAACUCAUCUUAAAAUCCAAGAACAAAGACUCGAAACUUCUCUCAAUCAGCAAGAAGUACAACGCUAACAAAUUCUACGCCAUCGCGUCAUCACCUUGCCUCGCUUCCAAAUUGAUCUUUGUUUUGGCACAGGACUAAAAUGGAUGAAACCAUCGCAAUGCUAUAAAGUUGCCUUACAAUAUCUGGCAGAACUUCGUGUGUAGGUAUAAAUUAUUUACGUUGUAUAGAUAGAAUUGAACCCGUUAAUCAACUUUGUACAGUAUGCACUAAUUUUGAAACGUGACAUAAAGAGAUGUAAAUUAAAAAUAGGACAAAAAUGUUGUACAGUAGGUAAGCUAAAAUGCGAACUUCAAAAUUUGGACACAGUAAAAAAAAUAUGUAGAUAGACUAAACGUAAUAUCGAUUCACCCAAUUUGCUUUAUCUGCACAUACGCGAAGACAAAUUUAUCUUUAUUUUUUUCCCCGAGAGGGAUCAGAAUUUGUCAAAAUCAUUCAUGUAAAAUUUGCAAAAGUAAAUUAGUCGUUUUGGAAGAACUUGUAUAUAGUUUGGAAGAAUCGUAACAAACUGUUCAAUCGUGGCAAAGCAAAUUUGGAAGAAGUAUAGCCUUUUUGGAAUGUGAUUAUUUUGCUUUCAUGUUUUGUAAUAUUACCAAAGAACAAAAAAAUCGCUGGCGAACUCUCUAUUCAAGAUAUGCCUGGUGCAUGCUUAAUAUCUCUAGUAUAUUUCAAUUUAAGUGGAGAGCAAUGUAUAAAAUACUCGAUGUAAAUACGACCAUAUUGCUUAACUUAGUCAGCAAUUUUCUUAAUAAAAAAAUCCAAUCGCAGCCUUGUGUGCAAUUCUUAGUUAUAAA